AAAUUUCCGUUUCAGUUCAAUAGUGGGUGUACUGUGGGAUCAUUAUCGUGUUUAUGUCUCUGUUCUCUUCAACUCUCCCCCCUCCUCACUUUGGAGGAAUGCGGGGCUUAUGUCAGUGAGAGUCAGGUACAGACUUACUAAUUACUUCUGGCCUUCCUCUCUUUGCGUCCUCCUCCACCCUCCUUCUCUCUCUCUCUCUCCCUCUCUUUCUUGUUUCUGUCGUCUUUUGCUGUAUUCCUGCACCUUGCACGCUUCCUUGCUUCACUCUCCUCCACCACGAGACCUUGUGCGCUCCCCCUCUGUCUCCCGCUGUUGCGUCUACAAGUUCUGUCGUGACUGGAGCAUAGGACAGGGACAAACGCAGAAGAUCUGAGUCACUAUCCAAAAAAAAUAGAAAAGAAAAAAACACCAAAAGAAGAACAGAAACUUUGACCUGUUCACUCCCAGUCUAUCAGACAAACUGGAGGUGCCUUCAGUCGGCUUUCUGGGGGGUUAACAGUGAGUUGUGGGCGAAGCGUUGAGAGCAAAUACAAGGCUGAGGUGAACCUGUUCGACAGCUCACGGGGAAAUAGAAAAAAGAGGAGAGGAGGAUGAGCAAGUGACUAGCCUGAACCGUGCGUUGAACUGUUGACAACUUUGCGACUACUCUUCCCAUCUUCCAACAGCCAGAGAAGGAGACUGCCCUGCCACCACUGCCCAUCCGCACCUGUGAAAAAGUGAAUGGACCACAGUAUCUGACACCGGUGUGAAUGAGCGACGUGACUCCAAAGACCAGGACUCCGCGCCUGCCUGAUCCGCACGGCUCAGUUUGGGAGACAGGCUCAGAAUCGAAUGGUCCUGUCAGAAUGACUGCAGAAGAUUCAGCUUCUUCUUCAGCCAUGAGCAGUAACUCAUCUCUGUCCAAACCCUCCAAAGCCUCCAGCUCAUCUCACAGCUCGCCCCAUGGGCACAUGAGCGUUCCUGAAGGUGUGGCAGGUGCACACAAUGAAGCUGCUUUAUUAGCCCUGAUGGAGCGCACUGGCUACACCAUGGUCCAAGAAAAUGGACAGCGAAAAUAUGGCCCCCCACCCGGCUGGAACGGUCCCUCUCCUCCACGGGGCUGUGAAAUUUUUGUGGGCAAGAUCCCACGAGACGUUUAUGAAGACGAGCUGGUGCCCGUCUUUGAGUCUGUGGGGCGCAUCUAUGAGAUGCGUCUAAUGAUGGACUUCGAUGGAAAGAACCGUGGCUAUGCAUUUGUGAUGUACACAGAAAAACAUGAAGCCAAGCGAGCUGUACGGGAGCUGAACAACUACGAAGUGAGACCUGGGCGGCUACUUGGUGUCUGCUCCUCAGUGGACAACUGCCGGCUUUUCAUCGGCGGCAUCCCCAAGACCAAAAAGCGUGAGGAGAUCCUGGAGGAGGUCUCCAAGGUGACUGAAGGUGUUCUGGAUGUCAUAGUUUAUGCCAGUGCUGCAGAUAAAAUGAAGAAUCGUGGCUUUGCCUUUGUUGAGUAUGAGUCCCACCGUGCAGCUGCCAUGGCGCGCAGGAAGCUGAUGCCUGGACGCAUCCAGCUGUGGGGUCAUCAGAUCGCCGUGGACUGGGCGGAGCCUGAAAUUGAUGUGGACGAGGACGUCAUGGAGACAGUGAAGAUCCUCUAUGUCAGGAAUCUGAUGAUGGAGACCAGUGAGGAGACAAUCAGACAGGUGUUUAGCCAGUGGAAUCCAGGCUGUGUGGAGCGGGUUAAGAAAAUCCGUGACUAUGCCUUUGUCCAUUUCACGUCCCGCGAUGACGCUGUUCAGGCCAUGGACCACCUGAAUGGCACAGAGGUGGAGGGCUCCUGCAUAGAAGUGACUCUAGCCAAACCAGUGGAUAAGGAGCAGUACUCCAGACAGAAAGCAUCUAAGGGAGCGUCCUCCACUACUACCCCAGAGGCAACUCCACAGAGCUACGUGUACCAGUGUGACCCCUACACUCUAGCCUAUUACGGAUACCCCUAUAGCACCUUGAUUGGGCCCAACAGGGACUACUUUGUCAAAGGAUUCCCACUGAUACAAAACAAUGCAGGUACUGUGAGAGGGCGUGGUCGUGCUACUUCAGGUAACCGUACCCCUGGACCGCGCGGCUCAUACCUGGGGGGUUACUCUGCUGGUCGUGGCAUCUACAGCCGCUACCAUGAGGGCAAGACCAAGCAGACCGAAAAGCCUUAUGAGCUGGUGCCCACUCUGGAGCUCGCAGCCUCUGUCAACCCAGUUGGCAUCAAGCCUGGCACAAUGGCGUUGCCAACUCUUGGUGGACAGUACCAGGUGUUCAGUGGUGCUCCUGCUGCCAAACUGAUGGAGGAGACGAAGGUCCACUCUGUGGAGCACAUCAUUAACCCUCUGACCAUCCAGCACCCAGAGCAUAACAGCACGCCCGCCGCCACCACCGUGCUCCCCUCUGUCUCCACCCCUCCGCCAUUUCAGGGUCGUCCAAUCACACCCGUGUAUGCCAUGGCCCCCAAUAUGCAGCGUAUUCCAACUGCCAACAGUCUCUAUGGAGCAGGUUAUGUGCCAAUUACAAACUAUGCCGCCAACACCGCUGCGCUGGCCGCCCUGCAGAAAAACGCAGCUAUGGCAGCAGCUUAUGGAGGAGCUUACGCAGGUUACGCAGUGCCCCAGGCUUUCCCAGCCACUGCCUUCCAGUUGCCUCUUCAUGAUGUGUAUCAAACAUAUUGAACUAUGCAUCAAAAUGGCCAAGAAACAUCUGUCUCAGCAACUAAAUUUGGACAUAAACUCCAAGUGUUCUAAAAUGUCAUAGAAAUGCUUUUACAUAAAGACAGUGAAUUCAUUUCAGGCUGAUAUCGGUUUUGGACAGCCUCCACUAUGCUAUGAAGCUAUGAAACAUUACUGUUCAAAGUUUUGACAACAUUCCUUUCAAAGAAACCAACAUCUACACAAAAUACAUUUUUAACUUUGUUGUUGUAGCAACAACUACUUUGAAGGUACAUCACGUAGCCUAUUUAUGAAGAAAAGAAAGAUAUUUAAGUCUUAUUCAUAGUUUUCUAUUUACAUUUAAGAUAUGUGGUUUGUCAAAACCUUGUGACAAAAAAGGAUGCAAAAGAAGUAACUUGUCAAACUACUGACAUAACCGAGCACCAUUGAAGACUAUUGAAAGACAAUGUUUAUUAGUAUUUGUUGUUUUGAGUAUUAAUUAUGUUAGCCAAUGCUUUUUGCUGGUGAUAUUAGCCCUCCACAUUGGCUGAAGGUGUCUGCUUAGAAUGUGUGUGGUACUUUUUGGUUUAUUUACUUUUUGCCCUUUGUUUUUAUAUUUUUAAUGAAGGUUUUAAGUAUUUUAUCUUUACUAGCAUUUUGUGUGCAUGCUUUCUUUUAUGAAAUAUGUGGUCUGUCGCCAGCGGAGUAAUAUUUUAAGAUGAAUUUCAUGAGGAAAAAUGAGAAGGUUUUCAAGUCAGGUCUAUGGAGAAAAGUUCCAUCCUCAGAAACUGUGUUGGCAGUAGUUUAAGACUGAACAUAUAUGUUUAUUAUGUGUUUUAUUACUGUUUUGAGAAGUUUUCAACUUUUGAAAAGUGAACAAAUUUGGACAGAAAUAGAUGAGACUGAGGGCUGGAGAACAUGGCACCAUUUUGAUAAACACUCCAUUUCAACUGACAUCUGUAGACAUCUGCAGACUGCUAUGCAUUAGGCCUAUACCAGCAGAAGCACGGCUGCAAAUCUUCUCAACACUCCGAUUUGUUCAAUCAGAUUUCUUUCCCAGGACCUCUCUUACUUUCUGUCCUCAUGUGCUUGCUCUGGGUGCACUUCAAUAUAUUUAUAAGAGAUGACAGAGUGCCAUUUCUAUAUGAAAAGAAGACAUAUGAAACUGCAUUUAUGUCAUUAUGACAUAUACCAUAUUAACUUGUAUAUACUGGACUGUGUUCAGGGUCUUCUUGUUUAAGAUAUAGUUUCAUCUGUAGAAAAAGUGAAGAGAAAAGGUUGGCAGCACUUUGAACUAAGUAAAGAAGAUUAAUAAUGGGCUUUGGAUAACUAAAGCAAUACCUCGCAUGAAAAUGCAUAGUCAUCCUACAGGCCCAAACUUUUAUAACAUAAGACAAGCUGCUUUAUUGAACACCUAAAAUAUAACAAUACCAAGGUGCCUUUUACAGCAGAAAAGACAUAUGCCUGUGUUCAGGGUGCAUUCAGUUGUUGGCUCAAUCUCAAUCCAGCAUAAAAAGGAUAAAAACAACAUAUUGACAUGUUUUUGUAUGAUGUUAUUUGAUAAAGUUAGGAUAUAUUUAAUAUAUGCAUUACAUACGUUGUGAAGACGAAAGAGAUACUCUUAAUAUAUUGUUGAUGCAAUUUCGUUUCAUUAUUACAUGUGGUCUAAGUAGUCUCAAGAGUAACAAAGUAGAAACAAUGCCAAAGUGUCCAAUAGUUUUUUUUAAAUUGUUAUUUUAAACAUUAUUUGUGUUUUUUCAUGUUUCAAACUAGAUUUGGUGUCCUUGAAUGAGAACGCCAAGUCCUUUCUUUUUGACACAUUUUAACAGGGUGUGUUGGCCUUUUUUGAAGUGUGUGCUUAAGUCAAAAGCCAAUGAAACCUGUGCCUUUAAGGAGAAGAAAAACUACUGUGUCCCACAAAAACAUUUUACACAAGUCUUUGUUUUGUCAUGGAACCAGAUGCAGUAUGUUGGUGACAAAGAUGUUACCUUUGUAGUGUGCGCCUUAAUACCCAAAUUCCCUUUGCAUUUAAGACUUGUGCUGUUUAAAAAAAAGGUUUGUAAUAAUAUUAACAACAAAAACAUGUUCAGCAAUAUUGUAUUUAUAGUAAUAAUGUAGAUAGAUAAAUAAAAGCAUUUUCGACAGAA